AUGGCGUCGACAACACAAACAAGCGAAAAGAAGAAGCAGCCCAGUCCCUUGCGAUCCAUCAUCGCUGGAUCGACUGCCGGCGCCAUUGAGAUUGCUGAAGGACAGAAGCUCCCUUGGCCGCCUUUCGGCAAGCAGUGGUAUGCUGGAUGCACCACUCUCAUCAUUGGCAACGCAGCCAAGGCUGGAAUUCGAUUCGUUGCGUUUGAUCAGUACAAGGCGCUUCUAGUCGACGAGAAUGGCAAUCUUUCUGGACCUCGUACUGUCCUUGCUGGUUUCGGUGCUGGAGUCACAGAGUCUCUGCUUGCUGUGACUCCCACCGAAAGCAUCAAGACUACUCUUAUCGACGACCGCAAGUCCGCUAAGCCUCGAAUGCGCGGCUUCCUGCACGCCGUCCCCAUCAUCGCCCGCGAACGUGGUCUCCGAGGUUUCUUCCAAGGAUUCGUCCCCACGACCGCUCGACAAGCUGCCAAUAGCGCAACACGCUUCACCGCAUAUAACUUCUUCAAGCAAAUGGCCGAGUCAUACACAGCACCUGGCGAGAAGCUCGGUGCCGUUGGAACCUUUGCAAUUGGUGGUUUGGCUGGUUUGAUCACUGUAUAUGUGACGCAACCACUCGAUACUAUCAAGACUCGCAUGCAGAGUAUCGAGGCGAAGAAGACAUAUGGCAACAGCUUCAAGUGCGCGACAACUAUCUUCAAGCAGGAGGGUGUUUUGACGUUUUGGAGCGGUGCGCUGCCACGCUUGGCGAGGUUGGUAGUUUCUGGAGGAUUGGUCUUUACUGCCUAUGAGCAGAUCCAAGUGUGGUUUAACAAGAUAGAUCCGGAUGAGAAGUACAUCUAG